GAAGAAGGCGACUCUAUUCUAUUCUACUAUUUCCCUCACAUUUUCGUUGUCGAGCUUCACAUUCUUAUUUCAGAUCUUGCGGUGAGCAGCUCAACCAUCAGAAUCACCUACAUAUGGCUGCAACGAUUGCCUAGUGAAGGUGCGGUAACUGUCGGACACCGCUUUCCCCGUCUGCCCCGUCAUGGAGCUGGUGCAGAAAGAGCACGACCGGCUUUCCAAGAAGAUCAAAGCCGGUCAAGGUAUCAAGAAUGUGCAGUCUACCAUAGAUUUGCUUCAGUCGGCACGAGAUGCAAUUGCUGCAGAUCCCAGUCAAGCAUCCAUUACACUGGCUAAGCUCCAGAAUCCCGUCAAAUCGUCUUUCGAUUCCAUCAAUGAUAGUCUUAAGGAAACACACAGUGGUCUCAACAAAUACUCCAAGUCGUUAGAUAAGUUAUUCAAAGACCGGCCUUUGCCGAGCACCGAACAUGAUGUCCUUUCCUCCCAAGAACACCUUAUCAACAGAGCUAUCGCUAUGCACCUUCUCCGAGAAGGGCAGUUUUCCGUUGCAUCAGAGUUCCUGAACGAAAUGGCACAAAAGAAAGCGAUCAAGAAGCAACAAGAAGGAGAUAUUGGGUCUAUAGACGAUGCGGCCUCGCUCUUAGAUCUCGACGAAGUUCCGCCGGGCGAAGUGCGGCAACAGUUCCACACCAUGUACCACAUCCUUCAUGAGCUGAAGGAAAACAACAACCUGCUGCCGGCAAUACAGUGGUCCAGGGAGAACAAGGAGGCUUUGGAGGCGAGAGGUAGUAACCUUGAGUUUGAAUUGUGCAGGCUGCAAUUCGUUUGGCUUUUCUACGGCGGACAACAUCAGCAAGGACCCAGUCCGGGUGGGCGGCAGGCAGCUUUGGAAUAUGGCAGGCGUGAAUUCCACACAUUCUUGCCCAGGUAUCUGCGCGAGGUCCAGCAGCUCAUGGGUGCAAUGGCCUUUUGCCCCAAUCUGCGAGACUCCCCGUACAACCAUAUCUUCAACAACCCGUCGGCAUGGUCCGAUGUGGCACACUCAUUCACGCGAGAGUUUUGCUCGCUACUCGGAUUGUCGGCAGAUUCGCCCCUAUAUGUUGCUGCUACUGCCGGUGCCAUUGCGCUGCCGACGCUGUUGAAGUUACAGACUAUCAUGAAAGCCAAACGAACCGAAUGGACCACGGAGAACGAGCUCCCGGUCGAGAUCCCGCUACCCCCGUCGUAUCUCUUCCAUUCUAUCUUUGUAUGUCCCGUAUCAAAGGAGCAAACCACGGAUGAGAAUCCUCCCAUGAUGAUGCCCUGUGGGCAUGUAAUCGCGGAGGAGUCACUCAAACGGUUGUGCAAGGGUAGCCGAUUCAAGUGCCCUUACUGCCCGAGUGAGAGUCAUCCGCGGGAGGCGAGAAAGGUAUUCCUCUAGUUGAACCGACAGGGUCAGUUCAGCAGAUAUAGCGGACAUAAGUGCAGGCACAUCUCCACACCGCAAUGGGCGUCGGUUACACAAUUUGCAAGCAGGCGUUAUGGUAUGGGCGUACAUGGGUUGGGCAGGCUCAGGACCUGGGUUGUACAUGGUUGUACAUAACGCAACGUUUCGUUACUAUGCUUGAAAGGAU